AGUCUGGAGUGGGAUUUAAUUUCGUUGACAUCAAUGCGACACGAGCAGCUAUAUCCGGGUUGUUGCGGUCAAGAGUUUUACAUUGAUAUCUCUUUUGAUAUUCUUUUGAGACGGAAAACAUUAUUUUAUACGGUCAAUUUGGUUAUUCCUUGUAUGCUCAUUGCGAUUCUAACAACAUUCGUGUUCUACAUUCCUGGCAAAGAGCACAAAGUGACAUUCUCGAUAUCGAUACUCGUCACAUUAACCGUUUUUUAUCUGGUACUUAUCGAGUUAAUACCACCCACAUCACUUGUCAUCCCACUCAUCGGAAAAUAUCUUCUCUUCACGAUGUUCCUUGUUUCUGCAUCCAUUUUGCUUUCUGUUCUCUCGCUUAAUUAUUAUCGAAGAGAAGGAAGUGCCCAACCGAUGCCUAAUUGGAUGCGUCGAGUGUUCCUUCAGACUUUACCGAAAUAUAUCUUCAUACAACCGCCUGAUGAGGAUAGUGUUUCCGAAGACAGCAGUUCAGUGUCAGACGGCAUAACAAAUAUAACGGCUCGUCGUCCAAGUCCAUACUUUUUAUCAGUGGCACAACUGAUCGAUGGUCAGAUGCGAUUGUCGCAAUUGGCACAAUUGAGAGGGAUGCAUCCGGAUUUGAUACGUAGAAUGUUGGACAACAUCGCAUUCAUUUCGGAUCAUUUCAGAGGUCUUAAGAAGGAGGAUAAGAUAUCAGAAGAUUGGUCGUACGUUUCAAUGGUGAUCGAUAGGCUGAUGCUGAUUCUGUUCAGUACGGUGAAUGUGGUUGGAACUUUCGUGAUAUUGUUGCAGUCACCGUCAUUCUACGAUACCAGACCAGCAUUAACUAACACUCCGGCGAGUAAACCGCUCAGUGGCGAUACCUUCGAAACUUUUGAUAAUAGCACUUGGGAACUGUAG